AUGGCGGUCACGCGCCUCGCCGUGGCCGCCGCCCUCUCCUCCGCCCCGCCCUCCUCCCGCCGAGGCAGGGCGGCCCCGUCCUCGUGCCGCCCCCUCCCCGCCGCCUCCUGUUCUCGCGCACCCAAGUCCAAGGCCCUGCGCGCCACCGCCGCCCCCGCCGCCGACGCGGUCGACGAGGAGGCCCCCGCCUCCUCUCCUCCGUCAGAUCCUGGCAGGGGGGUGGAGAACCUGGUGAUCAUCGGCUCCGGCCCGGCAGGGUACACCGCGGCCAUUUACGCUGCCCGGGCCAACCUGAAACCCGUCGUCUUCGAAGGCUACCAGGUGGGCGGUGUUCCCGGAGGCCAGCUGAUGACCACCACCGAGGUGGAGAAUUUCCCUGGGUUCCCCGACGGCAUCACUGGGCCUGAUCUCAUGGACAAAAUGCGGAAGCAGGCGGAGCGGUGGGGUGCAGAGCUUCACCAAGAAGAUGUUGAAUUUAUAGAUGUGAAGAGUAGGCCAUUUGUUAUCCGUAGCAGUGACCGAGAGGUGAAAUCCCAUAGUGUAAUCAUUGCAACUGGAGCUACUGCGAAGCGACUUCGAUUACCUCGUGAAGAAGAAUUUUGGAGUAGAGGUAUCAGCGCAUGUGCAAUAUGUGAUGGAGCAUCACCACUGUACAAGGGUCAAGUUCUCGCGGUCGUUGGAGGGGGUGAUACAGCUACCGAGGAAGCAAUAUAUUUGACAAAAUAUGCGUGCCAUGUUCAUUUACUUGUUCGAAGAGACCAACUACGAGCAUCCAAAGCUAUGCAGGACCGAGUACUCAACAACCCCAACAUAACAGUACAUUUCAAUACAGAAGCUGUGGAUGUUGUCGGCAAUACGAAAGGACAGAUGUCCGGUAUUCAGUUGAGGAGAAUCGAUACGGGAGAGGAAAAAGUUCUUGAAGUGAAAGGUCUAUUUUAUGGGAUAGGACAUACUCCAAACAGUCAGCUGCUACAAGGUCAAAUUGAACUUGAUAGUUCUGGAUAUAUUUUGGUUGAUGAAGGGACAGCAAAAACUUCAGUUGAUGGCGUAUUUGCUGCUGGUGAUGUGCAGGAUCAUGAAUGGAGGCAAGCCGUUACUGCAGCUGGAUCUGGAUGUAUAGCUGCUUUGUCAGUUGAAAGAUACUUAGUCUCCAAUGAUCUUCUUGUUGAAUUUCACCAGCCUGUUCGUGAAGAAAAAAAGAAGGAGAUUGAAGGCAAAGAUGUCGAGAUGGGCUUCGACAUUACUCACACAAAGCACAAGGGACAGUAUGCACUCCGCAAGUUAUACCAUGGAAGUCCAAGGCUCAUUUUGGUUCUAUAUACUUCUCCAACAUGUGGUCCCUGCAGAACCUUAAAACCAAUUUUGAACAAGGUUAUAGAUGAAUACGACGAAUACGUUCAUUUUGUUGAAAUUGACAUCGAGGAGGACCCUGAAAUAGCAGAAGCUGCAGGCAUAAUGGGAACACCGUGUGUCCAGUUCUUCAAAAACAAAGAAAUGAUCAGGACUUUCUCUGGUGUGAAGAUGAAGAAGGAAUACCGGGAGUUCAUCGAGUCGAACAAAUGA